AUAAAAAAAUUGUCCUAAUAUGAAAAAUGGAACGGAACUGCACUGAUAACUUAUCGAUCAAAUAAUGGUUGCCGUGCUUACAAAAAUCAACAAAAAGUCUGGCAGUUUAUGUCAAACCGUUCUGUGCAUCUUGGUGUGAAAUGACUAUGGAUAUAGAGAAACUUGUGGAACUUUUCCAGUUUAAUGAAAAUCAACAGUAUGAUGACGAGAAUGAACCGAAACCUGAAAAUAAUAUUGAAUGUUCAUCGAAUACUAAGUCAAAUAUAAACAAAUCAAACCCUUAUGCCAAACUUCCUCCUCCGGAGCGAAAGGAAGUGUUAGAUCCUGAUGCUGAAGAAGCCUAUUUUGAGGAAACAUCACAAGUGGAAUAUCAAGAUAAUAAUUGGAAAAAGACGCCCAAAUGGGACAUUUCUUACAGGCAAAGUGUUACACCAAGUGACGUAUUUUUAGGGAUGAGCUUCAAAAACCCUUCUACUAGCAGCUGUGAAAAUAUGAUCUUAACAGUCCACUUACCAGGCGAAAGUCGUCAAAAUAUCGAUAUUAAAGUGGAAAAAGAAACGCUUAAGUUAAUUUCUCCUCAAUUUUUUUUGGAUUUAAACCUGCCCCAUCCUGUAGACCCUAAAAGGGGAGAUGCCCAAUUUAAUUCCCAAGAUGAGAAGCUUAUUAUUACAUUAAUAAUGGAUCGAGAGUUAGAUUUACUGAAUUUUUAAAUAAAUAUUCAUGUUUAUGUCUCCUAUUAAGACACCCACAUAAUGUGCAUUUUAAUGGUCGCAAUUUAAACCGUAAAUAGAGUGAAUUCCGUAAAUGUACAAAAUAAAAAUAGCACUCAUUAUACAAUUGACCUUAUUUUGAAAUUAUAAUGCAUAAUAAAGUUGGAUGUCUAAAGGAAAUAUUUCAGACUUGGUAUAAUUGAAAAAAAUAUAAUUCGAGAGUAUCAAAAAUUUAAAUUUUGACUACAUAGGAAACCACAAAGUAAUUCAUCAAAGAAUUAAUGAAUAAUAAUGAAACUCUAAGUCUGAAAAUCCUGACUUGGAAUUUAAUGUAGUCCAGUAUAAAUUUUUAUAAGAUAAAUAUCAAUUACAUUGCUUAAAUAAAUAUUGCAAUUACAAAUGUAAA